ACUUUGUCAUUAUGUUAUCUGGUAAAGAAAUGAAUGGUUGAGCUUUAGUGAUAAUGCCUGAAGUUGCUGCUAUCUGUUAAGAGAGAUGGCUAUGUGGGAUAGAUAAAGAAGACGACGGAGGAAAUCUUCUUAGACGAUGAUUUUGAUGAUAACAGCUCCCGUUUUCACCACUUGUCCUCCUCACCUUCUCCUCCGCCAUUCUUUCCCCUGCGAUCACUCUUCUUCUUCUUCUUCGCUUCGCCAUGAAUCAAUCGGAAACUUUCAUCGGAAGAAAACUCCACGUGUCAGAACCGUAUCCUCUUCUUCUUUGUUGCCGCAACCGUCUGUUCGUCCGGAUAAGGCAUCGGAGUUGAAGACUCUGUGGAAGAAAUUCUACAAAGUCGCGUCGCCUUAUUGGUUUUCCGAGGACAAAGACCAAGCCAGGCUUCGUCUCGCCGCCGUCUUCGCCCUAACUCUCGCCACCACUGGCAUUAGCGUCGGCUUCAAUUUCCUCGGCCGUGAUUUCUACAAUUCUCUCGCCAACAAAGACCAAGAGCAAUUCACGAAGCAGUUGUUUUAUUACCUCUGUGCUUUCGCCGGCGGAAUUCCGUUCUUUGUGCUAAGAGAUUAUACAAAAGAGACUUUAUCACUGAGAUGGAGAUCAUGGAUGACCAAAUAUUACCUGCAGCGCUAUCUGAAAGAUCAAACCUUUUACAAGAUCCAGUCUCAGUCUAUGAUUGACAAUCCAGAUCAGCGCAUUGUUGACGAUUUGAGUUCCUUCACUGGAACUGCCUUGUCUUUCUCUUUGACGCUUGUCAAUGCCACCAUUGACCUCAUCUCUUUUAGCAACAUCCUCUUCACCAUUUAUCCUCCUCUCUUUCUCGUUCUCUUGCUCUACUCCUUUGGCGGAACAGCCAUCAGUGUCUUUCUUGGCAAGGGACUAGUCAAUCUCAACUUUCUACAAGAGAAGAAAGAGGCUGACUUUCGUUACAGCCUUGUACGAGUGAGGGAAAAUGCUGAAUCGAUAGCUUUCUAUGGAGGCGAACAGAAUGAAAUGCAGCUUCUGCUUCAGCGUUUCAGAAGCGCUUUUGAUAAUUUAACUGAAUUGCUGAUAGCAUCCAGAAACCUAGAAUUCUUCACCGACGGAUAUCGCUACCUCAUUCAGAUUCUUCCAGUUGCUGUUGUUGCCCCAAUGUAUUUCUCCGGGAAGAUUGAGUUUGGUGUCAUUAACCAGUCAGUAUCAGCAUUCAAUCAUAUCCUAGGAGACUUCUCGCUCGUCGUUUAUCAGUUUCAAGCUAUCAGCUCUUUUUCUGCUGUCAUUGAUCGACUAGGUGAAUUUGAUGAUCUUUUGGAUAACAGCAUCUUCAGAGAUCCCUCUGGCACUGCGGACGAGAUUGAGCUAACGUAUCAGAGUGAGAUGAACUCUUCACUGCUGGACACCAAUGGUUCAAUCAAGUCCCAACUGAACCAAAAGCGUCUGGAGAUCGAGGAGCUUACUCUUCAAACACCAACAAAUGGAACCACAUUGGUUCACAACUUAUCUGUGGAUAUAUAUGACAAGGAUCAUCUACUGAUAAUGGGUCCUAGUGGGAGCGGUAAAACUUCGCUGCUAAGAGCAAUGGCUGGUCUUUGGAGGUCAGGGAAAGGAAAAAUCACGUUCUACCUCGAUUCUGAGGAUGAUCUUACACAGGAGGCAUCUAAUACUCAGGAAAAUUCAGAGAAAAGAAGUUCGGGAGACGUAUUGUUCCUUCCACAAAGGCCUUAUAUGGUUCUGGGAUCGUUGCGUCAGCAAUUGCUUUAUCCUACCUGGAGUGCAACUGUGGAGGAGGCGACACCUGGUGGCAGUAAUAUAGACGGUUCACCACCUCUCCUGAUCAGAGACGACGGAAAUGAAAAGUGUAAUAAGCCGACAACAGAUGAUCUGAUGCGGACUCUAGAGAAGGUUUGUCUUGGACAUAUAGCGGAUCGCUUUGGUGGUCUUGAUUCGAUACACGAGUGGUCCAGUGUUCUUUCACUUGGUGAGCAGCAGCGCCUCGCCUUUGCACGGUUAUUGCUUUCUCAGCCAAAGCUGGCGCUCCUGGAUGAAUCCACCAGUGCGUUGGAUGAAGCUAAUGAGGCGCUCCUGUACCAGCAAAUCCAGUCGGCUGGCAUUACAUAUAUAAGCAUUGGCCACCGCCGAACUUUAAAGAAAUUCCAUAACAAGAUCUUACAAAUCUCAACGGCAGACCCGAAGAGCAAGGAAAGUAACUGGCGAAUAGAGGACGUGGAUGCCCAAGAUUGUUUGUAUGGUCGAUUGAAUCAAGAGGAGGUGCCAAGUGAAAGCUGAUUGAUUACAUAGAGACAGAAGAAGAAAGUAAAUCUGCAACGGGUGUCAUGGGCCCGUUCUUGAAACAUAUAAGAAACAUGUUGGUGUCCGAAACAACACCCAGUUUGUAUAUAAUCUACCAGUCUUGACUCUUGACGUUGAGUCAAAAACGAGCGAAAGAUGCAAGUGAAUAGAGAUUGAUACA